AUGUCUUCUCCACCGACGGUUCAUACAUAUGGUUCCAAGUGUCGCCUGACACCGGUUGCACAGCCGCUUCCAGCCAGAACUUACGAUGGCAUUCCCCCUAUCACAGCACAGUUCUUUUACUCCUCCGUCAUACCCAUAGAUGACCCAUUAUCAACUGGUACCAUAGCUGGCGCAUCUGAUACGCGAACCACCCGUGGCCAGACGCGACCCUUCUCGCUAGGCGACAACAAUGCUCUUGAGAAAGCAUGGCUCAGCUUCUUAUCUGACGACGACAGCAAAUCUCAUGAGCAGCUCAUACAGCAAGGUACUUUGAGUUCUCCCAUCGAGAAAGCCAAUGCGAACAAGCUGGCCCUGCUAGUGCGUCAUCUAGCCGCAAAACAUAGCCAGAAGCAUGGAGGCAUGCUUCAGCUAUCCUCAGCGGAGGGGUACGCCUCAAGUAACCUUAACACUCCAAUCGCAGUCUGUUGCCCCGACCUCUUCAUAGAUGUGUCUACUGAACUACAAAAUACUUUCUGCGCUCUUGUCAGAAAGCACCAGCCUUUGUUAGGCCAGGAUAAUGUUGUGCAAGAGGUGAUGAUGGAAAUGAGACGUCGGGGAUCUGCUGAUGCUACGUCUGAGGAGGUCCGACCAAGAUCCGGUGAAAAUACAUCGAUGCGCCCUCGAGCAGACUCAGCGCGCUCAUGGCAAAUGGGUAUCGUUGGUUCUUUUAGCCCUCGCCGAGAAGCCGCUACCGAAUUUAGUCAGCCCCAUAAAGAGAGUGUACUCUCUGUUGUUGAGGCAAAGAUGAGAGAAAGGUCUGAUUCUCAACCCAGUGAGCAGACGUCACGGCCCUCAACCCCUGGCACUGGUAUCUCUUUGCGACCACCCACUGUGGAUGAUGGUAUUUCAGGAAAACCUUUUCUUAGAGCAGGAAUCCGCCAACGGCCGCAGGACGGUUAUACUACAUCUUUCCCUCCAAUUGAUGUUCCAAGUAUCAACAAUGCAGAAGAGCAUGGAGCGCGACGCCCGAUCAAAGAGCAAGAGACUGUGGGGAUUAGAACAAGAGCAAAUACUAUGCAAGCUGCCACUGCAAGUGACGCGAGCUACAGGAGAGAGGCCAUCGAUGUCGUCGUUGGCGUUUCCAGGUUGCAUAUGGUGUCCAUUCCAGCUCUGCAGAUGAAACCCAUUUACUGGUCGCCUGUAAAUGACAUAGCUGUGGUGCUCCGUGCCACAUGGUUCUACAGGGAUACAAUGCUUCCGAUCCCCCCAUCAGUAGCGAAUCAGCUAGAAGCUGGAUACCGGGAGCUAAGACCGUAUACCGAAACCUGGAGUGACGAGCUGCGUUGUGCAAUCGAUGUCGGCCCUCUCGGUGAGGAAAAAGUAUCACAUCGACUGUGGCCAGAAGACAUGGCCCACUCCAGUGGCGGUGACAAGCAGAUUAUCUCUGAUCCGCGAAUCUCAACGGAUCCCUUCUGUGCCGCGAGCUGUUUCUGUGGGGAGGCUGCUGCUGAAGGAUCGGUCGACUCGACACCAAAGGUUGGGACAGCAACUCAGCACCGAAGCUAUGCAAACUAUCAUGUCAUAUAUAAAGAUGCUUCUCGAGCCUUUCUAUUGAAACCCAGCUUAAAGCCCUCCUCAUAUUACGGAAGGAGGCCAGUCGCGAAGAUCAUGAAAGGUAUGAAUAUCGGUAUCCCUGUUGUUCGCGGCUUCGAUCGUCAAGCGUGGGAACAUAUACAUGAUAAAAAGAGUAGCCAGGCUACAGUGCAUCAGCCUGCCUCAUCUGCUAGCGAUCCUCCGGAAGUCGUUAGACAGGGCGUUUGCGCAGCCUGUAAAGAGGAAAAGGAGCGAGGACAGGUUACCGAUCUCGUUUUAGUUAUUCAUGGCAUCGGGCAGAAGUUUGCCGAACGAGUUGAAAGUUUCCACUUUACGCACGCUAUCACUGCGUUUCGUCGAGAAGUGAAUUUGGAGUUGAGGAAACCCGAAGUCAAAGGAGUUUUGAGGGAGGACCAGAACGGAAUCAUGGUGCUCCCAAUCAAUUGGCGCCAUACGCUAUCGUUCGAAGAUGGUGGGCCAAUGACAGAAAAUGACAAGGCUACACAUGUGCCAGAUGGUUUCAGCCUCAAAGACAUUGAGCCCUCGAGUAUCCCAGCAGUAAGGAGCAUGAUCUCGGAUGUCAUGUUUGACAUCCCCUUCUACUUGUCUCAUCACAAGAGGAAGAUGAUUGAGGCGCUCGUCACGGAGGCCAACCGGGUCUAUCGACUUUGGUGUCGUAAUAACCCCGGCUUUACUGAGAAGGGACGUGUUCACCUGAUUGGACACUCAUUAGGCAGUGCCAUGGCCAUCGAAAUACUUUCUCGGCAACCCACACGCGUGCCGAGGUUGGAUUUGUCGACGAGACUGCCGCAGGCCGGAUUUUUCGAGUUUGACACCAACAAUCUCUUCCUCGUUGGAAGUCCUGCCGGAUUCUUCCUGCUUCUCGAAAGAGGCAUGCUCGAACCUCGUCGAGGCAGGGUGAAACCCGGCGCUGAUCCUGGCGAAAUAAAUUCGCCCGACGUAACGGGCGAGGUUGGUCGAUUUGGCUGCGUUGCUGUAGACAACAUUUAUAACGUGCUUGCCAAAGAAGACCCCAUCGCAUACUUGCUCAAUGGCACUAUAGACCCAGUGUAUGCAGCAAGUUUAAGAGUUGCUCAUGUACCUUCCAGCGCCAGUUCCAUCUUCAAAUUUGUUGGAAACGCUGUGCGAAGUUUCAUACCGGGGACCAUCUCAACCUCAGCAGCCACUGCACCUACUUCCAUGCCAAAACCCUCAGUCACGCGACUGCCUUCACAGCUUGAGUUGGAAGUACACGACUUUACGCGAGAGGAAAUCGCCGAGAGGAAGGCAUACUUGUUAAAUGAUAAUGGCCAGAUCGACUACUACUUGAAAUCGAGCGGAGGCCCUCUAGAGAUACAGUACCUCAACAUGUUGGGCGCUCACACGUGCUACUGGACUAGCCAAGACUUUAUUCGCAUGUUGUGCAUUGAAGUGGGGAGGAAGCCAGGGAGGAAAAAUACGAUUCCAGCUAUGAGGGCCCAGAAGAUGGCAAAAAGGGUAGUCGUAAGUGGGGAUUUGUAA